CGGCACGCCCCGCCAUCAGACGCUCGCCUUUCCCUCGCCGCAUCACGGUGUCUGUCCCUCCCAUCCCAUCUCACUGCCUCAUAACACUCCCGUAUCCCACGCCAUACGCCCAAGAGGCCAAGACCGAGCCGCCUGGAUCUGAUUGGGUUGGCUCUCGUCGCGGGGGCGAAGGGGAAGGGGAGGAAGAACCAGGAGGCGUGCGUUCUCGUCCAAGAUGCUGCAGCUGCUGAUGGCGCUGGCCUUCUCGGCGGCCCCGCUGACGCUGUACGUGCCGCCGGUGCGCAGCCUCAGCCUCUUCGUGGAGGCCAUGGAGGCCGUCUGCCGCGACUGCGGGCCCUACUCCCACGGCGCCGUCGCCCGCUUCCGCCUCGGCUUCUCCCGCGUCCUCGCCGGCCUAGCGCGCGCCCUCCGCUAGGCAGGCCGGCACCCCAUCGCCGGCGCCGGUUCCUCCUGCCUACAGGAGUAUAUACAGUAUACUACACGGACACGCACGUUCGGUGACCUUGUGCUCUCCCUGGUUUCUAUGUCCUUUUUGUAUUACUAGCGAGGAAGUGGUUUCUAGCGCAGCACAGCAAUCUACAUGCAGGAGCAGGACUAGCGGCGGUCAGUUUCGAGAUCUUUCCUGCUUCGUUUCUCCCUUUUUGUGCUCUCUCUUUCUUUUCUGUUUUUUUUUUGAGGAUUGGGUGUAGCAUGUAGAGUGAGGAAAGGUUAAUAAAUCUGUCCAAAAAGGGAGAUUUUGCAAGAGAUGCUGAGUAAAUCUAGUGUGCUUGCUUGCCUGGGGUUAUGGGAUGUGAGGGACGACUCCCCCUCCCCCUAGGAAUUUCCAUGUGAUUUGUGAAUAUUCCCUUGUCUGUAACUUGGCAAUGAUUCUUCAGUUUAA